GGGAGGAGGGCCGGGGGGCCUGGGCGGGGAGAGGGGGGCGGGGCUGGGGGCCCAGGGCCAGGCCUGUCGCUUCUCCCUCCCUCGCGUCCCUUCCCGGGUUCGGGCUCUGCGCUCGCGGCUUCCAAACUGCGCCGCCCCUAGGACUUGGCGGUGGAGUCGCGGCGGCGGCGCCUCCGGACAGCGCCCCCCUCCCCGUCCCGGCCGCCCCUCCCGCUCCCCUCGGCGCCCCCGCCCGGUGCCCCCACCCCGGGGAAGGCGCCGGGGGUGUGGCCAGGGGCCCGUAUAAAGUCCGGGGGAGUCGGUCCCGGGCAGCCGCUCAGCCCCCUGCCCCCGCCCGCCCGCCCGCCCUCCCUCCGCCUGGGCCGGGCCGAGGAUGCGGCGCUGCGUCUCGGCGGCCAGGCUCGCUCCCCUCCAGCCCGCUUGCUAACUUCCCCGGCUCGGUUCCUGCGCGCCCGCCGGACCGCCCCGUCUCCCCGCGCCCGCCUCCGGCUCGGGUCCUCCAGGCGCGUGUCUCCGGCCAGGCCCUGCGCGCCCGCACUCCCCGCCCGCGCCCCGCGCCCCGUCCUCGCGCGGUCAUGCUGCCCCUCUGCCUCGUGGCCGCGCUGCUGCUGGCCGCCGGGCCCGGGCCGAGCCGGGCCGACGAAGCCAUCCACUGCCCGCCCUGCUCCGAGGAGAAGCUGGCGCGCUGCCGCCCCCCGGUGGGCUGCGAGGAGCUGGUGCGGGAGCCCGGCUGCGGCUGUUGCGCCACUUGCGCCCUGGCCAAGGGGAUGCCCUGCGGCGUGUACACCCCGCGCUGCGGCACGGGCCUGCGCUGCUACCCGCCCCGGGGGGUGGAGAAGCCCCUACACACGCUGAUGCACGGGCAGGGCGUGUGCAUGGAGCUGGCGGAGAUCGAGGCCAUCCAAGAAAGCCUGCAGCCCUCUGAUAAGGAUGAGGGGGAUCACCCCAACAACAGCUUCAGCCCUUGCAGCGCCAAUGACCGCAAAUGCUUGCAGAAACACAUGGCCAAGAUCCGAGACCGGAGCAGCGGCGGGAGCAAGAUGAAGGUCAACGGGGUCCCCCGGGAAGACGUGAGGCCUGUGCCCCAGGGUUCCUGCCAGAGUGAACUGCAUCGGGCCCUGGAGCGGCUGGCCGCCUCGCAGAGCCGCACGCAUGAGGACCUCUACAUCAUCCCCAUCCCCAACUGCGACCGCAACGGCAACUUCCACCCCAAGCAGUGCCACCCAGCCCUGGACGGGCAGCGCGGCAAGUGCUGGUGUGUGGACCGGAAGACAGGAGUGAAGCUUCCGGGGGGCUUGGAGCCCAAGGGGGAGCUGGACUGCCACCAGCUGGCGGACAGCUUCCGAGAGUGAUCUCUGCCCACAGACGGGGAACUCCGCGCCCCCAGCUCCCCCCACCCCCUUCCCCUGGAGGCCGCAGAGCGGACUCGGAGCCCACAUCUGAGUCCUGGUUCUGCCUCUGGCCCAGAAGUUUCCCUCUGGUGUGCAUGUGGGUGUGGAUGAGCACGAGUGUGCCCUCGGAGUUAGAGUGAGCCCAAGCCUAGGGGUGUCCUCCCAGGUCCGAGCGCGCCUGCGUGGUGCCCUAGGAUGUUCCCCAUUUGAUCCCUGUUUCCUCUCCGCCUCCCGCCAUCUAAAACCAUUUAUUGACUACAUAGUACAGGCCAGCCCCGGGGUUCUUCCUCCUUCUUCCUCUGACUUGGGCAGGCUGGUUCCUGGGGGCAAGCACGGGCUCGUGGGAGAGGAGAAGACCCAUGGGCAGUGAGCAAGAAGAAAGUAGGGGCGUGUCGGGGCCCAGUCCCCACCCUGCAGCCAGCUCUGAGGUGCAGGUGGAGGGGAGGAGGUGGGUGGCUCGACCAUCAGACGCCACAGUCCGCCUUGACGGCUCUGGACUGCGUUGGGGGGGGGAGCAUUCCUGCUGCCUAGAUCCCAUCGGGAGGAGGAGGUGCAAAGGCAAGCCCACCUUGGGGUCAGACGCUGCGCCCUCCGCUUGGCUGCCUGACACUCCUGCUAAGGGAGAGGGAAGUGGGUCCAGGAAGGUUUGCACAAGGACAGAAGGAACGAAUGGGGCUGUCAGUCGAACUGCAUACGGGAGAUGGAGAUGAGGACCCCCCUGCUGUGGGGGGUGACUUCUCCUUCUCCCCCGACCCCCUGCACAGCCCCCAGGCUCACCCUUCUUUAGGGGUUCACUGCCAGGCUCCCUCCUCGCAUCUCCUGCAUACCCCCUCCCUCCCCGCCUCUGCCCAGGCCUUCUCCAGCCUGAUGGAUGGAAGGAGACCUAGAGCCCCACCCGCUGGCCAUGAUGUCUUAGUCUUUUUUUUUUUUUUAACAAAAUAGAAGAAAAUAAUAAUAAAAAAAAGAGGAAAAAACCA